GGCCACUCAUCCCUAUGACAUAAAACUCCCGCCUCUCUUCCCAAAAUUGAUAAAUCCUCGCAGGAACACAUUAUCGGAAGUUCUGGCGCUAUCUCACUACCCCAGAACCGAUUUGCAAUCAGUUACCUACUGUCAGCCAUCCAACCACGCAUAACUACCUAGCUACAACAAUGUCAGCACUACCACCAGUACCCCAGCCGAUCGGAAUCUUUGACCAGUUCAUUGCUCGCCAGCCAGAGACAUUGGUAUUGAAGGAGAAAGUCUUGUCCCUAAGUGGUGACAGCUUCAGCAUUAAACUCACAAAUGGAUCUCCACUAUUCCAAGUCGAGGGCAAGGUCAUGUCCAUCUCCGGUCGCAAGACCGUGAGAGCAAUGGAUGGCACCCACCUGUUUGACAUUUGCAAAGAACACUUCCACCUCCAUACCACCUAUGCAGUCUUAGACCCCAACGACAAUAAAAUCAUGGAGGUCAAGAGCACGCUCGCCUUCUUCGGCAGCAAAGCCCACGGAACGUUCACAUCCAAGAACGGCAAGCAGGAGAAGUUGACGAUGACUGGAAACUUCUUCGAUACGUACGCCGAUAUCACAGACGAGAGCCAGGGCGGCUUGAUAGUAGCACGUAUCGAUCGCAAGCUUCUCAGUGGGAAGGAUAUCUUCUUCGGCCAACAGACGUACGCAUUGAUGGUUGCACCUGGCGUUGACAUGGCACUCAUGGCGGCUCUCUGCAUCUGCAUGGACGAGAAGAACAAUGAUAAGUAAACGUGAGAAGAUAUGACUGUUGCAGGGCACAGUGUGUACGAAUUGUGAUUACGACAAGAGUGACAAAGGUAUUAGAGAUUGGGCGUUCGGCUUUCAUUGUUACCGCAAGAUAUCCUAUGAAUUGAAUGGUCUCCCCUACAGACGGUUUCGUCAUUUACUAUCAUGCUGACAGGUGCGUUUGCACUUAUAUAAUAUACAUUUUUGGUUGAUAGGAUUGAGAUGACGGCUAUCUCUUGUAUACUUGAAGGUAUUCCGCGUGGUUCGAUUGGAAUUCUUUCAUUGAAUAAUUGCAACAUCACCCAAAAACCUAUCCUCC